GAUUAGCCAUUAGAACAAUAGAACCCCCUUAUCUAUUCCCUCAAAACAGUCAAAACCUCUGUCAUCUCCAUCUUCCUCAUCCAUCUUCAACUAUCAACAAUGGGGUUCCCGCAAUAUUUAGGAGGAGCAACCUUCCACACCUUAAGAAUGGCGGCUAUUCCAUCUCCUUCCCUUUUCAGACCCCUUUUAACCACCCCAUCUCUUAACCUUCUUCUCCUUCCUCGCCCCACUAAACCCCCCCACCUCCGAUUUCCUUCACUCCUCCGCCCUUUUUCUCUCUCCACCGCCACCGCCUCCGCCAACCAAGAAGCUCCCAUCACUGCCCCGUCUGACACUGGUUUGAAGAAUCAGUGGAAAGCAGCAAUUGAUUUCAAGUUUAUUCGGGAUAAUAAAGAUGCGGUUGCUGCUAAUAUAAAGAAUAGGAAUUCUACUGCUAAUUUGGAGUUGGUUCUUGAGCUUUAUGAAAAAAUGCUUUCUCUUCAGAAGGAGGUUGAGCAACUUCGUGGGGAAAGAAAUGCGGUGGCAAACAAGAUGAAAGGAAAACUCGAACCAUCUGAGCGCCAGAAACUGAUAGAAGAAGGUAAGAACUUGAAGGAAAAACUUGCCACCCUGGAGGAAGACCUCCUCAGAUUAACAGACGAGCUUCAGCAGGAAGCACAGUGUAUUCCAAACAUGACUCAUCCAGAUGUGCCGAUAGGAGACGAAGAUUGCUCAAUAUUGAGAAAGAUGGUGGGCAGGCCACAUGGAUUUGGCUACACUGUCAAGGAUCACCUUGAACUUGGCAAAGAGCUUGAUCUUUUUGAUUUUGAUGCUGCGGCUGAGGUCAGUGGCUCCAAAUUUUACUACCUGAAAAAUGAAGCAGUCAUGCUAGAAAUGGCCCUUGUCAACUGGACUCUUUCCGAGGUCAUGAAGAGAGGUUUUACCCCUUUGACAACCCCAGAAAUUGUAAGGGCUUCUGUCGUUGAAAAAUGUGGGUUUCAACCUCGCGCAGAGAAUACACAGGUUUAUAAUAUUGCAGGUUCUGAUCAGUGCCUCAUAGGCACUGCUGAAAUACCAUUAGGGGCACUUCAUAUGGAUUCAAUUCUUUCUGAAUCAUCAUUACCUCUGAAGUAUGUUGCUUAUUCGCAUUGCUUCCGGACUGAAGCAGGGGCUGCUGGUGCAGCAACGAGAGGUCUUUACCGAGUGCAUCAGUUUAGCAAGGUUGAGAUGUUUGUCCUGUGUAAACCGGAGGACAGUGAUUCAUAUCUUGAAGAGCUUAUAGGAAUUGAAGAAGACCUCUUCACAGCCCUGGGUUUUCACUUCAAAACCCUGGAUAUGUCAUCUGCAGACCUUGGUGCUCCUGCUUUCCGUAAGUAUGAUGUAGAAGCAUGGAUGCCGGGAUUGGGACGUUAUGGGGAGAUAUCAAGCGCUUCAAAUUGUACAGACUAUCAAAGUCGGCGGUUAGGGAUCCGAUACCGUCCAGAAUUGUCGCCUAUGAAUCAGAAGAAGGCUAAGAAUACUCCAACACAGUUUGUGCACACUUUAAAUGCAACAGCAUGCGCAGUACCACGUAUGAUUAUCUGUUUGCUGGAAAAUUACCAACAAGAGGACGGCUCUGUUAUCAUCCCCGAGCCACUAAGGCCCUUCAUGGGUGGGAUUGAGAGUAUCACCUACAAAUCCAGAUAGGAAUAUUUCUUGGUUUUAUGCGGGAUCGAAAAAGAGGUCAGUGGACGUAUCAGACGAAGAUCGUAUUUAUCACGCUACGGCUACAACACGUCUGUAGACCCCCUCGUCGAAAAAGGCUGUAAAUCACAACUAUAUGAAAAAGGGUAUACAAAAUGUGAAAUGAUGUUUUUAUUUGAUUCGAUUGUAAUGUGUUUGUUCGAUUCAAAUUUUUUUGUAGAUACUGUAUGACUUUUUAUAAAUGAAUUAAUUGAUUAUUUAAAAAAAAAAAAGGAACUUAAUUAAGUCAA